AUUAGAAACUUAAAAUGUUCAACUCCUCCCCACUCUUAGCGCAUCUGCAAAACUCCGAACAGAACGAUGUGAGGUUGCGUGGCGAACAUAGCAAUACUGGUGCAAGUUUUUCAGGAUUUAAUUUGGUGUAAAUUAGACUUACUUUAAUGUACUUUAGUUUCAAAGUACAAAUGCUAGACCACAGAAAUUAAAAUAUUUCAUUAUUAGUCAUCUAUUUAGUUGAACUAAUUGUAUUAUGGGCGCGUGUAAAUUUGGCAUUUUUUAUGCGUGUGGGCACGUAUGUUUAUUAAUUUGGAUACUGCAAACUGUCCAAUCUCAGCGGCAUCCACCAGAGACGAGACAAGUAAAUAACCAAGUGCCAGGUACACGGCAGACAAUACAAUGGGCGCACAAUGGUAACGUUUUUAGCCUUCUGAGUCACGGCUCGGAAUAUCGACCACCAAAGCAAAAAGGCGCCAAUAAAGAGCAGGAGAGACCUGUCACCAUCAUUAGAGAUGGGGAAGCUAACAAGCCUUCUGACUCCUCAAGACCGUCUCUCUCGUCUACCCACACAGUGCCCCGUGCAGGAGCGCGCCCGCGCUGGCUACCACCUCAAGUUCCAAAGCCCCCGAGGGGACAGGGCCACCAGCAUCAGGAUGUCCAUCCAAGUGGCCAUGCAGAAACUAAGGCAAAUGGCACGACGAAUGGGACACAGGACAAACCGUCCCCUUCCCCGAGAAGAGAAGACGUGAUGGCAGGGGAUGAUCCUUACAACCCAUACAAGACCUCCGAUUCAGAUUCAGAUAAUCCUUACUACAAUUACUAUGACGUGUACGAGAGUCCCAGGCGCAGAGAGAGACCUGGAUAUGGCACAAGGUACCAUCAGAACGGUCUGCCUGAUCUUGUACCAGACGCAUACUACAUUCAAGCCUCCGUAUAUGUCCAGAGAGUUCCAAUGUACAACCUCAGAUGUGCAAACGAAGAGAAUUGCUUGUCAAGUUCGGCUUACAGCGCCAGAGACUAUGACACCCGGAUGCUGCUGAGGUUCCCACAACGUGUGAAGAACCAGGGGACGGCUGACUUCCUGCCAAGCAGACCCCGCUACUCCUGGGAAUGGCACAGUUGUCACCAGCAUUACCAUAGCAUGGAUGAGUUCAGCCACUAUGACCUGCUGGAUUCAGGUGGGAGGAGUGUUGCUGAGGGACACAAGGCCAGCUUCUGCCUGGAGGACAGCUCCUGUGACUAUGGCUACUACAGACGCUUUGCCUGCACCUCACACACCCAGGGCCUGAGUCCAGGAUGUUAUGAUACCUAUAACGCAGACAUCGACUGCCAGUGGAUCGAUAUUACAGAUGUGAAACCUGGGAACUACGUCCUGAAGAUCAGUGUGAACCCCAGCUAUCAGGUUCCAGAGUCUGACUACAGCAACAACAUUGUGCGCUGUGAAGUUCGCUAUACUGGCAACUAUGCCUAUGUUUCAGGAUGUCACAUCUCACAAUAUUAAGAGGGGGAAGUAAUUCUCCAAACCACUGAAGCAUUUCUGUAAACUCCAUGACAGCCAAGAAAACAUCUUGAACAAAAUGUGGACACGCAUGGCUAACUGAAAAUGUGUAAGAAUGGUCAUACUCUUGUUAAGUUGGCCUUUGUUUUUCAGGUUCAUUAAACAUGUUUUUCUCAAGCCAUUCUAUAAGUGCAAUAAAGUAAUAAUUGCAUUUAUAGGUUUCAUUAUACUACAUUACAAUAGUUUAGACAUGUUUUAAAUGGUGUAAAUCAAAUAAAUGGAAUUUCAGACGUUCAAAGCUCACAAGUGAGAAAUUGCUUGUUUUUACAUAUCAAUUACACAAUAUUCAGCACCACAUUGUAUGCCAUUUUUCUUCAGCUUGCUUUAAGAGCACAGAAUGUGCAUAGUAAGAUGCAGAUUGCAACCAUGCCAUUUCCCUCAUCAUUUUAUGUCAAACAUAUCAUCAAACAUCUCAUCCCUUUCACCCUGUUAUUGUUAAUAUUAUUAUAUACAUUUGCUUGCGAUUUAGUAGCUUGUACAGUUGAAGUCGGAAGUUUACAUACAUCUUAGCCAAAUACAUUUAAACUCAGUUUUUCACGAUUCCUGACAUUUAAUCCUCGUAAAAAUUCCCUGUCUUAGGUCAGUUAGGAUCACUAAUUUAUUUUAAGAAUGUGAAAUGUCAGAAUAAUAGUAGAGAGAAUGAUUUAUUUCAGCUUUUAUUUCUUUCAUCACAUUCCCAGUGGGUCAGAAGUUUACAUACACUCAAUUAGUAUUUGGUAGCAUUGCCUUUAAAUUGUUUAACUUGGGUCAAACACUUCGGGUAGCCUUCCACAAGCUUCUCACAAUAAGUUGGGUGAAUUUUGGCCCAUUCCUCCUGACAGAGCUGGUGUAACUGAGUCAGGUUUGUAUCCUAAAUUUUCUUUGAUUGAGGUCAGGGCUUCGUGAUGGCCACUCCAAUACCUUGACUUUGCCACAACUUUGGAAGUAUGCUUGGGGUCAUUAUCCAUUUGGAAGACCCAUUUGCAACCAAGCUUCAACUUCCUGAUUGAUGUCUUGAGAUGUUGCUUCAAUAUAUCCACAUAAUUGCCCUUCCUCAUGAUGCCAUCUAUUUUGUGACGUACUCCAGUCCCUCCCUCAGCAAAGCACCCCCACAUGAUGCUGCCACCCCCGUGUUUUAUGGUUGGGAUGGUGUUCUUCGGCUUGCAAGCCUCCCCCUUUUUCCUCAAAACAUAGCGAUGGUCAUUAUGGCCAAACAGUUCUAUUUUUGUUUGAUCAAACCAGAGGACAUUUCUCCAAAAAGUAUGAUCUUUGUCCCCAUGUGCAGUUGCAAACCGUAGUCUGACUUUUUUUAUGGCGGUUUUGGAGCAGUGGCUUCUUCCUUGCUGAGCGGCCUUUCAGGUUAUGUCGAUAUAGGACUUGUUUUACUCAAGCAUCUUCACAGUUCUUUGCUGUUGUUCUUGGAUUGAUUUUCACUUUUUGCACCAAAGUACGUUCAUCUCUAGGAGACAGAACACAUCUCCUCCCUGAGCGGUGUGACGGCUGUGUGGUCCCACGGUGUUUAUACUUGCGUACUAUUGUUUGUAGAGAAGAACGUGGUACCUUCAGGUGUUUGGAAAUUGCUCCCAAGGAUGAACCAGACUUGUGGAGGUCUACACAUUUUUUUCUGAGGUCUUGGCAGAUUUCUUUUGAUUUUCCCAUGAUGUCAAGCAAAGAGGCACUGAUUUUGAAGGUAGGCCAUGAAAUACGUCCACAGGUACAACUCCAAUUUACUCAAAUGAUGUCAAUUAGCCAAUCAGAAGCUUCUAAAGCCAUGACAUUUUCUGAAUUUUCCAAGCUGUUUAAAUGCACAGUCAACUUAGUGUAUGUAAACUUCUGAUCCACUGGAAUUGUGAUACAGUGAAAUAAUCUGUCUGUAAACAAUUGUUGGAAAAAAUAUUUGUCAUGCACAAAGUAGAUGUCCUAACCGAUUUGCCAAAACUAUAGUUUGUUAACAAGAAAUGUGUGGAGUGGUUGAAAAGGGAGUUUGAAUGACUUCAACCUAAGUGUAUGUAAAAGUCUGACUUCAACUGUAUGUUUACAACUUAAAUUCAAGGUUACUUCUGAAUAUUUUUAUGACCCUAAGGGUUUGAAAAUGAUUAGAUAUAAGCAAGUACAUACUGCGCCCGUGCUCUAAAACAUUAGUUGUGUUGUGAAAUGCUUGUGCUUAUGGUUAGUCUGCUAGCGGUCUCUUUUAUCCUGUUUGAUAUUUAUGCAAUGAAAGAAGAUAACUGCAACGUUUUGAUGUAUUCCAGAAAAUCUACUUGAAUAAAUCAUUGACAUUCAUUGUGA